AUGUCUCUCCAAUUCUGGAAACCCGGCACAGUCGGGCCAGGCAGCUCUCUCGACCGCGCGACAGAAACUGAGGAAAAUGUUGUCCCAUCAGCACCUAUAUCGUCUUCACUAUCUAUCUCAGCAGCGCGGGAACGUCUUCCUAUAUUCAAACACAGAGAGAAACUUUUAUACUGUGUUGAGAAGUAUGGGGUUGUAAUUGUAGUGGGUCAAACUGGCUGUGGAAAGACGACUCAACUUCCUCAAUACCUACACGAGGCAGGCUGGUCCGCAGAUGGAAACAUAGUAGCGUGUACCCAGCCUAGACGUGUUGCAGCUACGUCGGUCGCCGGACGCGUCGCAUCAGAGGUCGGCUCAAUCCUAGGAGAUGAGGUCGGCUACACCAUCCGCUUUGAAGACGUUAGCGAUAAGGAACGCACCCGAAUACUCUAUAUGACGGAUGGAAUGCUCUUCCGCGAGACGUUGAUCGACCCGCUGCUUAGCCGCUAUAGCGUCAUUAUGAUAGAUGAAGCGCACGAACGGAGCAUCUAUACGGAUCUGAUGCUUGGUAUCCUGAAAAAGAUCCGCCGCAAGCGGCCGUCCCUGCGACUAAUCGUGUCUUCUGCAACGCUCGAUGCAACGUCAUUUCUGGACUACUUCACCGCAGGCAACUCGAGUGAUGAAGCCACUAUCGUUAGCUUGGAGGGACGUAUGUAUCCGGUCCAGUUGGCGUACCUGAAGGAGCCUGCACCAGAUUAUGUGCGCAAAGCCGCAGAAGUCGUAUGGAAUAUCCAUUUACAGCAAGGUAGCGGUGACAUCCUGGUCUUCCUCACAGGACGAGAUGAGAUAGAGCAAUGUCUGGAAGAUUUAUCAGAAAUGCUGCCGACCCUUCCACGCAAUGCAAUGCGUCUGAAGGUACUGGCAUUGCACGCAGGUCUCACCACUGACGAACAGCUCGCGGUUUUCGAACCAGCUGAGCGUGGUACUCGCAAAGUCAUCGUCUCUACUAACAUUGCCGAGGCUAGUGUUACUAUCGAUGGGAUUAAAUUCGUCAUCGAUUCUGGAUUUAUCCGCACCUAUAAUCCUUCUACCUCCCUAUCCUCCCUCGUUACCAUCCCCGUCUCCCAGGCAUCCUCCACACAGCGCGCCGGCCGUGCAGGACGUACUUCUUCUGGCAUCUGCUACCGGCUCUUCCCCGAAAGCGCAUACACGAGACUCCCUUUGACGACUCCGCCCGAGAUCACCCGCACGGAUCUCACCACGCCCAUUCUACAGCUCAAGUCGCUUGGGAUUGACGACCUCAUGAAGUUUGAGUGGGUCUCCGCGCCUCCGGCUGAGAGUGUUUUGCGCGCGCUCGAGGGGCUCUACGCUGCGGGGAUGAUAGGUGAGGAUGGGCGGCUGACCCCUACAGGUGAGAAGGUUGCCGAAUGUCCGGUGGAGGUAAAUAUUGCGCGGAUGCUGUUCAGUUCCAAGGAGCACCAGUGUGGCGAAGAAAUUUUGACAAUUGCAGCCAUGACGGCUAUCCAAGACGUGUUUGUCAUCCCGGAUGGUGCGGCUGGUGCGCUGGCUGAAUUGGAGCGCCGAAAGUUCACGGCAGAAGAAGGGGAUCACCUAACACUGCUGAAUGCUUACAAUGCGUUUACUCGCUACGGCAAGUCUUCCUCGUGGUGCAAAUCGCAUGCGCUGUCCUUCCGCGCCAUGUCUCGCGCUAUUUCCAUCAGGGCACAGUUGAAGAAAUACAUGCAACGGUUCAAUCUUCCUCUGGAAAGCUGCCAGGGGGAUGCGAAGAGGUUGCGAAAAUGCCUAGUCAGCGGAUACUGGCGAAAUGGCGCGCGGUGGGUGGCAGACGGAACCUAUCGAUCUGUACGAGGAGAUACAACGCUACACGUGCAUCCCAACUCGGUUCUCUUCACGAGGAAGCCGCGGUCAGGGUGGGUGAUUUUCCAUGAGAUGGAAGAGACUAAAAAGACUCAGAUACGAGUACUUACAGAGAUUGAAUCAGACUGGCUGUUGGAACACGGGCACAAGUACUAUGACAAGCGGACAGGUGCAUCCGUAUCUCAGGGCAAUCGGAGCGUCCUCGCGUCCUCGCGCUGGCCGUGGCCGCGCCUGCAGCAGCCACAUUCACCAUCCACCUCCCGCCUACUGCCAGCACCAAUGGGUGCGGGUCAAUCCACGCCCCAUGCCGACGAGAAGGUCUUCUCUUCAGAGAUCCCCAUCCAGUUCUCGCAAGAUGUCGUGAACCAGCUGUCCGACCACACGGCCUCGCCCGACCCGCCGCCAGAGCGGCAGUCGUCCAUCGACGCGCACGUCCGCUCGCGCAUCCAGGCGGAGCUCGCGCGGCUGCGUGAGGAAGAGGCACAGGUGAAGACGGAGAUCGAGCGUGCGCUCGAGAAGGAGAACCUCGACCGCGAGCGUGAGAUGGCCGGCGCGGCGAGUACGGAGGAGGGUGAAGAGGGCAUCGCUGGCAGCGUGAAGAGUAGUGCGGCGCUGAUGGGCGACCUGGAGGAGGUGAGGAAGAAGGUGGAGCGAUUCCAUUCGAGGCAUGAGCUGGAAGGCUACGCCGCGGUGCAAGCGAAGGGAGAGGCGGUCGUCUCGUGUUACAAAAACCAUGCAUCGACACCACUAGACUGCUGGCGAGAAGUCAGCGAAUUCAAGACAUCCGUUGCACAAGUAGAGCAGCAAUAUGUUCAUUCACUACGAUAG